AUGCCCACGCCAACUUCAUUCUCUAGGCCAGCCCCCAUGAUCCCCAGCAGACCAGAGCGGGGCGAAACCCAGGAUCGUAUUCCACCGUCGGCGGGAGCUGGAUGCGGCGGGCCAGGACCUGCCCCAGAAAUUGAAAUCCCGCGAGCCCGUGCCACGGUCGCUCCCAGCUCGCACGCGACAAGCGAGCCAGCCCAGGUGUCCACCGCCAGUGGCAGCGUCUCGGUAGCAACACCAAAUCGGGGUUGCAGUGAACGUCGCGGCGAUGGUGCACAGGCGGGACCCACGGGUUACGUUUACUUUCCGAGCUUCGUGUCAAACUGUAAUUUUUGGACGUCUCAAUACGUUGAAAGGGUCUAG